AUGCCUCCCUUCCGCACCAGCGUGGUGCGGCUGGUGUCCUACAGGCGUGAGGAGUACCUGGAUCGGCACCCGCCGCACGCACCCGCCGCCAACGAGCGGCCCUUCCUCUUCCUGCUGUCGCCAGACACGCUGCAGCUGGUCACCGCCAGCGACGCCCCGGACAGCCCGCCCGCGGUGUCCACGCUGCUGCAGCAGGUGUCCCUGAAGCCGGCGGACCGCCCGCCGCGGCGACCCGCGGUGCGGCCGCUGGCGCUGCUGCACAAGCUGGCGCACAGCGGGCAGCCGGCGGGGGAGGGCACGCCCCGCGAUGCACCAGCUGGGGCAGAGGACUCCUCGGCCCAGUGGCUGGGCGAGGAGCUGGAGGAGGGUCAGUUCAUGACCUUUAGCAUAGCGCUCAGCCAGAUUGCGGGCGUAGAGAUCCAGGAGGGGCGGCACAUCAAGAUCCUGUUCUGCCGGCAGCGGCCGCACCGCAGCACUGAGGCCAACGAUGACUGGAAGUCAGUGAUGAAGGCCAUGGCCUUCCCGGUGGUGUACCCUGUAGAGGGCUGGAAGCACCGCAACUUCUCCGUGCGCCGCUUCAUGCACCGCCACUACCGCGACCCCUUUGUGUCCUCGGUGGAUGCGGCGCGGCUGCACCAGGCGAUCGAGGACGCCAUUGCGCGGCUGGGGCAGGCGGUGCAGUGGCUGGCGCAGGACCUGCCCCUGGACAGCAGGCCGGUGGUGACGCUGGUCACCGCCACGGUGGCAGAGGCGCCAGGUGGCGAGGAGGGUGGCAAGCGCAGCGCAGGGCAGGAGGCGCACGGGGCGCCGGCACAGGCGCUGGGUCUGGAUGCGGGGCAGCAGCAGAUCAUCUGCCCCUUCCCGCAGCUGCAGCAGCCGUUGGACGUCCCCUGGCCGGCGGCGGCGCCCGGUGCUGGAGGCGGCGGCGGCGCCGCUGCCCCCGCCGCCUGCCUGGCCAUCAACAUCUGGCUGCACUCGCCGCUGGGCCCCGCCGUGGCGACCAUCAGCGAGGAGCAGCUGCGGCAGUCGGCGGCGGAGGGCGGCGCGCCGGUGUGUGUGGUGGCCACGCUGCACGGCAGCGACCACAGCGUGCAGGACGCGGCGGCCGCGCCCCCAGGCGCCGCAGGCAGGGACAGGCUGGAAGUCAUCCUGCAGUUCACGGCCACGCGGCGCCCGGCCCCCGCAGGCCGCUCCAGCUUGGGGGCGCCGCAGCCGCCCACCGGAGCCGGCACCGCCGGCGGCGCCGUCGCAGCGAGCGGCGGCGGCGGCUCCCUGCCCGCCAUGCUGGCGGUGCUUGCCGUGCCGCUGCUGGCCGCCUGGCUGCAGCUGCUGGCCGACACGGGCGCGCCCGCCAUCCGAGUGCUCCAGUCUGUGGCCUUCCUGGUCAGCUGCCUGGCAGCGCUGGCGGCCAUCGUGGUGCUGCAGCUCAAAGGCCGGCCGCCGCCGCAGCAGCUGGCGGCGCAGCCAGGGGCUGCGCUGCCCGCGGGCUGGUGGCGCCUGGUGCUGCUCCACGCGGACCUGGUCCUGGAGUCGAGGAACCACGGCGCGGCGGGGGCCCCCACCCUGCAGCGCGUCGUCUCCGACUCGGCCAUGUCUGCGCCGCCCAGCGCCAGGCUGCCCCUGGACGGCAGCGCGCUGGAGCUACCUCCCGCCAUACGGCGGCUUGUGGAUGAGCACCCGGGCAUACUGAACGACGACAUUGCUGCGCGGUUCUUGGUGGGCUUGGGCCACGGCGACAAGGCGUACCAGGGCCUCAAAAACAUGGUGACAUGGGUGGAGGCGCAGGGCGUGGCGGACCUGGUGCACCAGCCGCAGCCUCGGUUUGAGAUCAUCAGGCAGCACUACCCUCAGGUGUUCUACUGCUGGAGCCGCAGCACAGACUGCGUGCUGGAGGUGGAGUGCACGGGGCGGUGGCGCGCGGCGUUUGACGCGCUGCGGGCCAAGGGCGUGACGGAGCGCGAGCUGCUGCGCCACCAGUUCUUCUGCAUGGAGUACGCCUUCAGGCAGCUGGACACGCGCCCGCUGCCGCAGGGCAAGACGGUCAAAAUCAUCGACCUGGAGGGGCUGACCCUGCGGGAUGUGUCCAGCGCCGCAUUCAAGUGGUACCUGCAAGUGGGAGGCUCCCUGCUGGCUGUCUCCUUCCCGCAGCGCCUGCAUCAGGCCUUUUUGUUGAACGCCCCCGCCUGGAGCGGCGUGAUUUGGAAGGUCUUGGCGGCUGUCAUCCCGCGGCGCACGCGGGAGCAGCUACAGCUGUUCACCAAGAAGCAGCGCGCCGAGUCGGCAGAGGCGCUGCUGCAGUGGGUGCCCGCCGAGCAGCUGCCGGCUGCGUAUGGCGGGCGCUGCAGCGUGCCGCUCAGCGAGUCGCAGCUGGAGCGGGAGAUGCUGGACUUUGUGCGGCGGCUCAACAGGGAGCAGCCGCAGCAGCAGGCUGGGGGCGAGGAGCCAGGAGGCGAGACGGGGGCCGAGACCGCAGCGGGCGGCGAAUCGACGGCCGCAGAUGAGGCGCUUGGGAGCAAAUUGAGCUGA